AUGGGGACUUUGCUUAGUAACGAGAUUGAUCUGGUUGCUCAUAAAGAAGAAUAUCAAAGACUUGCUUUUACAGCCACAUUUUUCGCUGGGAUUACACAAGCAACUCUUGGGAUUUUCAGGUUAGGAUUUUUGACUGAUUUCCUAUCCCAUGCUACUAUUGUUGGUUUUAUGGGAGGUGCUGUCAUCACAAUUGGCCUUCAACAGCUAAAGGGUUUCCUUGGCAUUAAAAGCAAAAUGUUCACAACAAAAACCGAUAUCGUCUCCGUGCUGCAUUCAGUGUUCUCAUCAUCCAAACAUGGAGUAUGA